AGUACAAAUACACACACAGUAGACCAGAAAAACAGAGAGGAGAAAAAAAUGGCAGCAGAGUCAGUGACAAGAAUGUCAUCUGCUGCUUCUUCACUCUGUAACUUUAAUGGGUCUCAAAGACCCGUACCCGUGUCUAACCGGGUCACUUCUUCUCGGAGGAAUCGAUGUGUUAAACUACAGUCGCUUGCUUCUGCUUCCAUGUCUGAAUUCUUUGGAAGCUCACGAGUGUUCUCUGUUAAUGGUUCUAGAAGCUUAGGAUUAUCUCAGAAAACAAGAAAGAAUGGAUUUUCUGUUAUUGCUAUGGCUGCAGCUGAAGAGGAGAAGAGAACAGUUCCUUUGAAGGACUAUCGUAAUAUAGGAAUUAUGGCUCAUAUAGAUGCAGGGAAGACAACUACAACGGAACGUGUCCUUUACUAUACUGGCAGAAACUAUAAAAUUGGUGAAGUGCAUGAGGGAACUGCCACAAUGGACUGGAUGGAGCAAGAGCAAGAGAGGGGGAUUACAAUUACUUCUGCUGCUACUACCACCUUCUGGAACAAGCAUCGUAUCAACAUUAUUGAUACUCCUGGUCACGUGGACUUCACUCUUGAAGUGGAGCGUGCCCUUAGGGUUUUAGAUGGUGCCAUAUGCUUGUUUGACAGUGUUGCUGGUGUGGAACCUCAAUCAGAAACUGUUUGGAGACAAGCUGAUAAGUAUGGAGUCCCAAGGAUAUGUUUCGUAAAUAAGAUGGAUCGUCUUGGAGCUAAUUUCUUCCGAACAAGAGACAUGAUAGUAACAAACUUGGGUGCUAAACCACUUGUAAUUCAGAUUCCAAUUGGUGCAGAGGAUACAUUCAAAGGAUUAGUUGAUCUUGUGAUGAUGAAAGCUAUUGUUUGGUCCGGAGAAGAAUUAGGGGCAAAGUUUUCCUAUGAGGACAUUCCUGCUGAUCUUCAAGAGCUAGCUGAGGAGUAUAGGGCACUGAUGAUUGAGACCGUAGUUGAAUUGGAUGAUGAUGUUAUGGAGAAAUACCUGGAAGGAGUUGAACCUGAUGAGGCAACCAUCAAACAGUUGAUCAGGAAGGGAACUAUCUCUGGCAAUUUUGUCCCUGUAUUGUGUGGCUCUGCUUUCAAGAACAAGGGGGUUCAGCCACUUCUCGAUGCAGUUGUGGAUUAUUUGCCUUCUCCAGUUGACGUGCCACCCAUGAAUGGAACCGACCCUGACAACCCUGAAGUGAUCAUUGAGAGGGCCCCAAGUGAUGAUGAACCAUUUACUGGUUUGGCAUUUAAGAUCAUGAAUGACCCUUUUGUCGGGUCUCUCACAUUUGUCAGGGUAUAUUCAGGAAAGCUUACUGCAGGAUCAUAUGUAUUGAAUGCAAACAAAGGCAGGAAAGAGAGAAUUGGCAGACUUCUGGAAAUGCAUGCUAACAGCAGAGAGGAUGUAAAGACAGCGUUAACUGGUGAUAUAGUUGCUCUUGCUGGAUUGAAAGAUACAAUUACAGGAGAGACAUUGUCUGAUCCCGAGAAGCCUGUUGUGCUUGAGCGCAUGGAUUUCCCAGAUCCUGUUAUAAAGGUUGCAAUUGAACCUAAGACCAAAGCAGACAUUGAUAAGAUGGCGCAAGGCUUAAUAAAACUGGCUCAAGAGGAUCCGUCUUUCCAUUUUUCACGUGAUGAGGAGAUUAACCAGACAGUUAUCGAGGGAAUGGGAGAAUUACAUCUUGAGAUCAUUGUAGAUCGACUGAAAAGGGAAUUUAAGGUGGAAGCUAAUGUUGGAGCUCCACAAGUAAACUAUCGCGAGAGCAUUUCCAGGAACGCAGAAGUGAAAUACGUGCACAAGAAGCAGUCUGGUGGUUCAGGACAGUUUGCUGAUAUCACAGUAAGGUUUGAACCCAUGGAAGCAGGCGGUGGAUAUGAAUUCAAGAGUGAAAUCAAGGGAGGUGCAGUGCCAAAAGAAUAUAUUCCAGGUGUUAUGAAGGGAUUAGAAGAAUGCAUGAGUAACGGGGUACUGGCAGGCUUUCCCGUUGUUGAUGUUCGUGCUGUGCUAGUAGAUGGCUCUUACCAUGAUGUGGAUUCAAGUGUUUUGGCAUUCCAGCUGGCUGCUCGGGGAGCUUUUAGGGAAGGGAUGAGAAAAGCUAGUCCACAAUUGCUGGAACCCAUAAUGAAGGUUGAAGUAGUAACACCAGAAGAACAUCUAGGAGAUGUGAUUGGUGACCUUAAUUCAAGGAGAGGUCAGAUCAACAGCUUUGGAGACAAACCGGGAGGUCUCAAGGUGGUGGAUGCUUUAGUUCCAUUAGCAGAGAUGUUCAAUUACGUUAGUACUUUGCGAGGGAUGACAAAGGGUCGUGCAUCUUACGUUAUGCAAUUAGCCAAAUUUGACGUUGUCCCUCAACACAUUCAAAACCAGCUUGCCAAAAAGGAGGAAACGGCAGCCGCUUAGUCUGUCAUCUUCCAGAUUUUGGAUCCACAAACUUGAAAAUAGGUAUUUUUACUCGACGAAGAUAUUAAGGCUUGCACAACAUUCUUUUUGUACGUACUAGCAUGAAACACCGAUGGAGAAUAGCUGAUAUUUAGUUAUACGUCUGAGUUUUUUCAGCCAUUUGUGUAUGUCGUUGAAUUUAUAAGCUGAGACUCCGAAGGGACGGAAGAAAGAAAGGACUAAAUGUGUAUACAUGCAUUUAAGAUAUCUCUGCAUCCAAAGAAGCAUCAAUAUUUUAGGGCAAGAUUGAGUGUGCCCUGAUUUUGGGAUUAUCUUUCUUACUAUAGAAGAAACAAGUAUAUGCUUUGUAACAAUUUGAUGCUCUUUAUUGAGAUCUUAGGUGUAACAUCUGACGGUUU